GGACGGGGCCUGACGCUGCUCUGGGCAGGUAGAGAUCUUCAGUCUGGGCAUGACCCUGCGCCGGCUGCAGGGCAUCACCAGCGAGCAGGUGGCAUCGUACUUCGGGCACACCGUGGCCGUGGCUGAUGUCAACGGGGACGGGCAGGACGAUGUGCUGGUGGGUGCCCCCCUGUACAUGGCCCGGCACCCCGACGGGCAGCGCAGCGAGCUGGGGCGCCUCUACCUCUACCUGGGGGGGGGGCACCAGCCCCUCACCCGACCCCCCCAGACCCUGACGGGCACCCACCCCUACGGCCGCUUCGCCGCCGCCAUCGCCAGCCUCGGGGACCUGGACAAGGACGGAUACGGGGACGUGGCGGUGGGUGCCCCGUCGGGGGGUGACGGUGGCAGCGGGCAGGUCUUCAUCUUCCGCGGGCAGAGCGAGGGCCUGAUGGCGAUGCCCACCCAGCGCCUGCACAGCCCCUUCCCCGGCCCCGCCGCCUUUGGCUUCGCCCUACGCGGGGCCACCGACCUGGAUGGCAACGGCUACCCAGACCUGCUGGUGGGGGCUUACGGGGCAGACGCGGUGGCCGUGUACCGGGGACAGCCCGUGGUGGUGGCCCGGACCCGGCUGAGCGUCCCUGAUGGGCUGAACCCUGAGGUGCUGGAGUGUGUCCUGCCCGGCUCCGAAACCCGUGUCAGCUGCUUCCCCGUGGUGCUGUGUGUCAGUGUGACGGGCCAGAGCAUCCCCCAGAAGAUCAGCCUGGAGGCCGAGCUGCAGCUGGACCGGCUGAAGCCCAAGCUGUCCCGGAGGGUCCUGCUGCUGCAGGGCCACCAGUCGUCCUGGCACGGGGCACUGGACCUGGCCCCGGGGACACCCCCCCUCUGCCACAACCUCACCGCCUACCUCAGGGACGAGGCUGAGUUCAAGGACAAGCUGAGCCCGGUGGCCCUGAGCCUGAGCCUGGCGCUGCCCGGGGGGGACCCGGGGCUGGUGCUCUACGGGGACACCCUGGUGCAGACACAGACCCACAUCAUCCUGGAGGACUGCGGUGAGGACAACCUUUGCGUCCCCGACCUCCGCCUGGCCGCCGACACGCCCAGCCGGCGCCUGCUGAUCGGGGAGGAGGCGGUGCUGCGCCUGCGGGCCCGUGCCACCAACCAGGGCGAGGGGGCCUUCGAGACCGAGCUGCGGGUCCAGCUGCCCCCCGGCACCCACUACCAGGCGGCUCGCAGCAGCAUCCCGGGGCAGGAGAAGCUGAGCUGCAAGCCCAAGAAGGAGAACGGGACCCACGUGGUGCUCUGCGAGUUGGGCAACCCCAUGAAAGCGGGUGCCCGGAUCACUGUGGACAUGGAGCUGAGCGUGUCCGGGCUGGAGGACAUGGGUGAUGCCAUCACCUUCCAGCUCCAGCUGCAGAGCAAGAACAGCCCCAGCUCUGCCAACGCCUCGGUGACGGUGACGGUGCCCGUGGAGGUGCAGGCAGAGAUGGAGCUGCGAGGGAACUCCCUGCCUGCCACCACGGUGCUGCCCGCCAGCUGGCAGGGGGUGGAGGGCAGCCGGCGGCUGGAGGACCACGGCAUCAAGGUGGAGCACGUCUACCAGCUCCACAACAAGGGUCCCAGCACCGUCAGCGGGGUCACCCUGCGCCUGGCCGUCCCCAACCUGCUGGGUGGCCGUGUCCUGCUCUACCUGCUGGAGCUGGGCACCGAGGGGGGCAUGAGCUGUGACCACCCCCCCGGCCUCAACCCUCAGGAGCUGGAGAUCCCCCGUCCCACGGGCGCAGCGCCCCGGAACGGCACCCACCACCGGGAACGCCGGGACGUGGAGGACCCACUGGGUGCGGGGCUGGAGGAACCCACCCCCGUGGUGAGGGUGCGGGGGGGACCCUCCGUCCAGCUGGAGAUCCCCCGCCCCACGGGCGCAGCGCCCCGGAACGGCACCCACCACCGGGAACGCCGGGACGUGGAGGACCCACUGGGUGCGGGGCUGGAGGAACCCACCCCCGUGGACUGUGGCAAUGCCACCUGCGUGGGCAUCUCCUGCCAGGUGCCCAGCCUGGGCAAGGACCAGCGGGCGCUGGUGAGCGUCCGUGCCCUCCUCUGGAUGGACACCCUGCAGCAGAGGGAACACCUCCUGAAGCAGUUCCUCAUCCAGUCUCGAGCCUGGUUCAACACCUCGGCCAUGCCCUACCGCGUCCGGCCACGCGUCCUGCCCGCCGGGGAGGCCACGGCUGUCACCGAGGUGAUGCGUGCCAGCCCCGGGGGCGAGGGGACCGUGCCCGUGUGGUGGGUGGUGCUGGGGGUCCUGGCCGGGCUCCUGCUCCUCACCUUCCUCAUCCUCCUCAUGUGGAAGUUGGGGUUCUUCAAGAGGACACGGCCACCCAACGAGGAGGACACGCAGGAGCUGGCACCCAGCCGGGCCCAGGAGCCGGAGGGUGCCCAGGGAUAGUGGGGUCCCCUUGGGGUCCCCCUGUGCCCCCACCCCAUGGCGUGUCCCCCGUCCCAGCCCCACAUCCCCAUCACCCCUGGGUUCCCGUGGGGCACCCCCCCAUCCC